AUGAGAUUUCUGUUAACAUUUCUUACAAUUUACGUGGUGUGGUUGCAACUGCCGCAAGCUGAAGCGAGGAAGAAAGGAUACUGCUGUCUGGCAACAAUGCUGUGUUAUAGCGUCAGAUACCCAACACGAUGCACUGAGUUUCCUAAUGGCAAACAAUUAUAUUACGGCGAUCCAACAUUGUGCUAUAGCGAACUCUGCGGCGACUUUAAAACUCCGACAAACGCUUGCUGCGGCACAAAGAAUUGCGACUUUUUCUGCUGCAAUUGUAAAAAGUGCAGGAAAAAUAUUAAAAAGGUAGCUGGCGACUUUCGGGAAAAGUAUUACGGCAGAGCUCUCAAUGUGUUUGAGCGGGCAACUCUCCCUAAGUUACCUAAUAAGCCGCCCAUUCCUUUUAAGUGUGAAGAUUUUCCACCACUACCCAAUAAUUAGCGAGUUUAAAAAGUUGUAAGAGUUAAAUGCAAUAAAUAUAAUUUCAAUCACUUUCUGAUAAGCCAAUAUUUAAAGCUUCUCUCCGAGAUGAAUACGCAAUACUUAUUGGCGAAACUAAUGCACCAAUUUGUUGCAGUUGCAGCUAGAACAUUGAAUUGGAGUUUGCUUCUUACCUCUAUCUAUAUCGUUCUACUGGCCACAUCCAUGACGAAUGCACAAAUUUGUUGCAGUUGAGUGACACGAUUUCGUUUGUGACUUUCAUUUGGUUUUCUAGUGUUUAGCUCUGUGGUCAACUGUUUAACAACAUGAGAUUUCUGUUAACAUUUCUUACAAUUUGCAUUCAACUCACUGUGAUGUGGUUGCAACUGCCGCAAGCUGAAGCGAAGAAGAGAGGAGUAUGCUGUCUGGCAACAAUGGUUUGUUACAGCAUCAGAACCGAUAGACAAUGCCAUUGGUUUCCCAAUGGCUAUCGUGUGCAUUACCAAGAUCCAACAUUCUGUUAUAGUGAGCUCUGUGGCAGCCUCAGACUUCCGACACCUUGCUGCGGC